AUGCCGCCGAAAGCCCCCGAAUCGAAGGCCGCCAAGGCCGCCAAGGCUCUCGCCGGCGGUAAGAAGGGCAAGAAGAAAUGGUCCAAGGGGAAGAUGAAGGAGAAGGCUAACAACCAAGUUCUCUUCGAACAGUCCACGUACGACAAGCUCCUCGCCGAGGUGCCGAAGUACAAGAUGAUUACCACGGCUGUGCUCUGCGACCGCCUUCGCAUCACCUGCUCCCUCGCUCGUAAGGGCAUUGCCAUUCUCCAAGCGAAGGGCUUGAUCAAGCCGCUCGUUUCCCACGCCGCCCUCAACGUCUACACGAACGUUCCGGCGGCUGAGUAA